AAGACACACAUAAUAUUAACAAUACCUAUCCAUAUCCUUCUCCUUCUCCUUCUUCUUCUGCAACUAAUAAGCAAGCAUUUCAAAACCUGCAAAAGUCCCAAAUGCCUUUACUUCUCUUACCUCCAUAGAUAAAGCUCUCAAGCCUCAAAACCAAAACCCACGAGGAUCAAACUUUUCUCUAAUUUCAAGCCAAGAAGGGAUAUGCAGCCUUGUAGCAGAGAAAUGCAAGGAAUAAACUCAUUAUUAAACUCAUCUUCUCCAAUCCCUCUUCAAGACCUUCAAAAUCAGCAGAUCCAAAACCCCCAUUUCGAUCCUUCUUCUGCUUCUAAUGAUGAUUUUCUUGAACAAAUGCUUUCUACUAUCCCUUCUUGUUCUUGGGCUGACCUCAAGUCCCCUUGGGACCUUAACCCUGCAACUAACCUCAUGCCUAUUACUAACUCAACCACUGCCGCUGUAAAACCUAGAGACUUAUCUGACGAAACACCGCCGUCUAUACCGGAAAAUGUUGGCUUCCAUAACAACUUUGAUGAGUCUGCGCUUUUGGCUUCUAAGCUUAGACAACACCAGAUCAGCGGCGGUGAAGGAGGAGAACCUUUGUCUGCGGCAGCGGCUGCUGCUGCUAAGUUGAUGUUACAACAGCAAUUAUUGAUGGCGGCUAGAGGAGGAGCAGGUUUGUCACAAAACGACAUCAUUGAUGGCUCAUCCUUCAAGUCUCCUACACAGGGAGGAGAUGGGUCAGCGCAAGCACUGUACAAUGGAUUUGGUAGCGGAUCUAUGCAUGGAUCGGGUCAACAACGAAACCAGUCUCAACAACAAUUCCAUCACGCUCCGAUGCAGCCACAGAACUUUAGUACGCCGGCGGUGAACCAAUCUCAGGCGAGUGGGUCGACCGGCGGUGCACAGGCGCAGCCAAGACAAAGAGUUAGGGCAAGAAGAGGUCAAGCCACUGACCCACACAGCAUAGCUGAAAGAUUACGAAGGGAGAGAAUUGCAGAGAGAAUGAAAGCUCUGCAAGAACUGGUUCCUAAUGCCAACAAGACAGACAAGGCUUCAAUGCUAGAUGAGAUCAUCGACUAUGUCAAAUUCCUCCAGCUUCAAGUCAAGGUUCUGAGCAUGAGCAGAUUGGGCGGUGCAGCUGCUGUUGCUCCUCUUGUUGCUGAUAUCUCCUCUGAGGGAGGUGGCGACUGUAUUCAAGCCACCGCUAAUGGUGGGUCCCUUCCUCGCUCCUCUAACGCCGGUAGCCAAACGCCUAACGACAGUUUAACCGGCGCCGAACAUCAAGUCGCCAAACUCAUGGAAGAAGACAUGGGUUCCGCUAUGCAAUAUUUACAAGGCAAAGGUCUCUGUCUUAUGCCUAUAUCUCUCGCCACAGCCAUUUCCACUGCCACUUGCCACAACCGUAGCAACAACUCCAUCAUCAACACCGCUAAUAACAACAGCGCUAAUAAUCUUAACACCAACAAUCGCCACCACCAUCAUUUACUGCAUUCCAACGGCGAUGGUCCUUCCUCUCCUAGUAUGUCUGUGUUGACUGUCCAGUCAGCUACCAUGGGAAAUGCAGGUGGUGACGGUUCUGUUAAAGAUGCUGCCUCCGUUUCGAAGCCGUGAUAACGCUGUUAAUGUUAAAGUUAACGGACUUGUCUCUUUUGGGUUUUUUUUAGUAAAGGAAAAUAAGAAAAAGAGGGAAAGCGUGACGUGUAGGAUUCAACGGCCGUUUCAAAGUCUACAAAAAUGAGGAGUCCCAGUUAGUGUUUCACACGACGCCGUAUUUCUGUAGACUUGGGUUAAGGCUAAGCUAACAACUUCGAACCACACCACCAAAAAGCAACAACAAGAAGAGAACAAACAAGAUCGACCAAAUCCCAAGGACAAUAACUUUCGUUUUCUUCUGUUUUUCCUAAUUUUAUUAUAAUAAUUAUUUUUUUAUGGUUUAGGUCAUGUUAUAAUUAUUUAUUUAUCUUUUAAUUAUUUUAAAA